AUGCUAGGGAGCAAGGCUGAUGCGCAACACGCCAUGCACAGCCGGAAGUUGGAGACGCUGGAGCAGUACAUCCCCAUUUUCAACGAGCGCUAUCAGGCGUCACAAACGGACAUGUUCACCGUAUUGAGAAAAGGUUUCGGUGACGCUGAUUUUGCUCGCGCACUUGCGAUGGCCAAGCAGGAGCGUUUGUCAGCAACUAUGCGUGAAAACGGCGAAAAGUAUCAAAAGGAGUUGUACUCGAAAUGGAUGGCGAUGGGCAAGGAUAACGAACCUUUUGACACGAACAGGGUUAUGACCAAAGUGUUCAAUCUGGAAAGGCUUGAAGAUGGUACCAAUGCGGAAAAACUCGCUCUCAAUCACUACAGCGUAUUCCACAAAAGGAUGCGCGAACAGGAAGCUCUUAAGUCGACCGGCAGGUGA